CUUUCUCGCGAGAACCCGCAAGGCUUUCUGCUAAGUAACGGGAGGCACGACGCACGUCUACCCACAUGAGAGAAUAACUAACGCGAGGGCUUACAGUUUCGCGCAAAAACAAUCCCGCGUUACAAAGUGCAGAGUCGUCGUGUGUAUGGUUCAACUUGUGUCUCUGCAACUUGUGGAGCAGUUCUGGGAGUUCACGCGGGGUAAAAGCAGCAAACACGCACGCACUCGGGACGGGGAAAAGACGGUGACUUUGAAAAGUUGUUGGAAACCCGGUGUGAGACAAGAGGAGAACUAUUACAGGAUGAAUACAAACCCACGUAGGCGACACAUGUGAGUGCGCUGAGCUUGAAGACACAUGACCAGGCUCGUAUGGUUGGGUAGGCGUUUUCCUCUCUGUCUCGCUAGGGUUUCUCUUACCAACUCCUGCCAAAAGUGACGACGCGAUUAAAGAUGGCCUUUCACGUGAGUCUAACCAAUUUAGAAGACAACUCUUUAUUGCUGAACGAGGCGGAUCGCGUGGAUACGACAGACACCUGCGCGUGCCCGAGCACAGUGGAGCUCAGCAAGGCAGUGUCCGUGUCUCUCGGCUUGGAUCCCAUGUCUUCUCCUCCUCUAAACAACAACAACACAAACGGAAACGGAGGCAGCGGCAACAGUGUGGUUAGUGGCAUUGCUUUUAUUGAAUACUACGCGAGCGCGGAGAACGGCACUGACGACUCCCGCAAUAUGAACCAGGACGGUGUCAGACUGCUCCACAGAGACAGCAGCCAAAGAGAGGACGAGUUUGGGGAAGUUUGCCACGGCAUGCAGCAGGUGAGCUGUAUGGAUCUGCUGCGUUCGGCGGACGUGGACAGCGCGCACAGCUUUACGCGCGGCCCGGUUAUAACGAGAAACGUGGGUCGAGACUCAAACUUGUACAUGAACCCGGUACCGGAGCUCCCCGCUGCCCCACACCAGUCAGAUGGGAUGAUACCACUGAAACCAUACACUGCCACGACCGCGAACCCCGGCUUGUACAGGGACACAAUGAACGGCGUGUGGUGCCCAAACGAGCCCGUGUACUGCGAAGGAACCGACACCGAGCUGGCAGCGGCGGCCCCUUUACCAGCUGGACCGCACAAUGGGGUGUGUAAAUACUGUAACUGUGUGCGUGGAGCAAGACAAGAGUGCCGCUGCAUAUGGUACGGAGGCACCAAGCGCGAGCAGCAGGUUGGUAAAGGUGGCAUGCGCCCAGAGUAUGGCCAAGCGGAAAGUUACCAAAGUGUGGCAGCCCAAGGGCACGCAGCUUGCUCCAGCAUCAAAACCGAGCCAGCGAUAUGGGUGGAAUGUACAGAACGCGGCUUCAGGCAUGAAGACCUGUUCCCGGGCGUGUACCUCUCCGAUCGGCGCAUUUGUCAGGUUUGUGGGGACGACGCUUCCGGGUGUCACUAUGGAGCGGUUACAUGCGGCAGCUGUAAAGUCUUCUUCAAAAGGGCCGCUGCCGGUAAACAAAACCACUUGUGUGCGAGCAGAAACGACUGCACCAUCGACAAACUGCGACGGAAAAACUGUGCCUCCUGUCGACUUAAGAGAUGCUUCAUGUCUGGAAUGAGUCUGAAAGGUCGCAAGCUGAAGGGUGCAGGCCAGACUCGGAAUGGCGAGGAGGAGCUGAUAGGAGCGUCCCACUGGGGGGAGAGAGGAGAGAGGGCAGGUAGAAAAGACUUGGAGCCAAGGAGUAGCGCCGUAUCCAGGCCCCAAAAUGGCUUAGUUCAGCCCUCCUCCGUGUCCAUCCCUCCAUCCCUGCGCUCGUGCCUGUCCCUCCUGAGUGUACUACAGACCAUAGAGCCAGCCGUGGUGAACGCAGGACACGAUAACGCCCAGCCGGACAGUUCGUCGUCCCUCCUGACCAGCCUCAAUGAGCUCGGAGAGAGGCAGCUGGUUACCGUGGUGCGCUGGGCCAAGGCCAUACCAGGUUUCCGUGAUUUGCAUGUUGACGACCAGAUGACGGUGAUCCAGCUCUCGUGGAUGAACAUAAUGGUCUUUGCUUUGGGCUGGAGGUCCUACACUCUCACCAACAGCAACAUGCUCUACUUCGCCCCCGACCUGGUCUUCAACGACCAGCGGAUGCAGGUGUCCAGUAUGUAUGAGCACUGUGUCCGUAUGAGGGUGCUCUCUCAGCAGCUGUGUGUGCUCAAGGUCACUCAGGAGGAGUUCCUCUGUAUGAAGGCCCUGGUCCUCUUCAGCAUCUUGCCGAUCGAGGGCCUGAAGAGCCAGAGAUGUUUUGACGAGCUGAGGACCUCCUACAUUAAAGAGCUAGACCGCUUGGCCAGUCACCACGGAGAGACCACCCGCACGCAACGGCUGUUCCAGCUCACACAACUGCUCGACUACCUACAGGCCAUUGUGAAAAAGUUACAUCAGUUCACAUAUGACUUGUUCAUCGAGGCCCAGGCGCUGCAAACUCGUGUGAACUUCCCGGAGAUGAUAUCUGAGAUCGUCAGCGUCCACGUUCCCAAAAUCCUCUCUGGGAUGGUCAAGCCGAUCCUGUUCCACAACACGGCCUAAUGGAUACAUCUUUCACUUAACCUUAUCCAUCAGAAACGCCAGAUAUCCUUGGCUAAUAUCAACUGUGGUCAGCCUAAGUCACUACAUGUUAGCAUGAAGUGAAAUAAAUAAGCUUUUUCUACUAAAAGGUAAAUGGAGAGCACAGUAAAUUAUGAUUGUACAUUAUCAGAAGGCCAUUGAGCACAUACUUCCAAACUAUUGAAAUGUAAAAAUAUCUGCUCUUCUUAUCGCUGCUUUUUUGGGUGUACUAUUCCUGGAGUUCAAGUGCAAACUAAUUCGGUAGAGGUUGGGACAAUGUUUAAAAUAUUAAAGCUACAUUACACAGCUUUCUCUGGUAAAUGGGUAAAUUUUGUUAGGUAAGAGCAGUUCCUUGAGACAAAAUCAAACCACUGAGCAUUGUUGACUUUCUUGAUCGCUAACUAAGAAAGAUGCCUAUAGAUAGACAGAAACUUGACUAAUCCUGAAGGGAAUUUCUGAUCAUUAAAUAAAUAAAACACUAAAAUACUUAAGGGCCUAUAUUACCCUAUUUUCUGAUCUAUGUUAUAAUGUUCCCUCAUCAAAAAUUCUCACAUGUUUAACACGCAAAUCUUACAUGUUUAGACUGAGUUUUUCUCUCAAACAUAAAACUCUCUGUUCCACCUUGUGAUGUCAUGUGGUAAUACAGGAAAUGUUCCACUGUGUUUUUAACUCCAUACACCUUCACUAGAAUCACUUGGAUGAUUUCAGUGCUGGAAUUUCCAAUCUCUACUGAACUAAAGGUAAAAGGUAGCUGUUAACUUGAAACUUACCUCUUCAUGACAUCACAAGGUAGAACAGAGCAUUGGAGAUGCAGACAGACUAACAUGUGUGAAUGAAACAAA